AUGGAACUUUCAUCAGAUGAGUCCGUGAAGAGUUAUGAAUUAAACGAGAGGGUUCUGUGUCAACAUACUGAUAAUUUGUAUUAUGACGCAAAAAUAAUUGGGAUCAGUGAAGCGCAGUCCGGUGCAAGACUUUAUACAAUUCAUUAUCAGGGUUGGAGUAAACGAUACGAUGAGACGUUUGAGGAAUCGAAAGCAGCCUUCAGGAUCCGUCCGUUCACAGAAGCUGGUUUCUUAGAAGCGAAGGAGAAACUGAAGGCUGCUCGAGCCGAGAGUGCAUCGUCGAAGAAGUCGAAAAAUACCAGCAUGAAAAGAAAAUCGAUAAAACCCGAGCCAAAAUCAGAAGAUGAUCGUAGUAGUAGCUCAGAAACGUCCAAAAAGAAUACACCAACUUUGCGUGUUUCAGGCGUUUCUUCAUUUGGUAGACCAAUAAAAACUAAAAUCGAAAUAGAUGAAGAGAAUCCAUUUGAGGUGUCGAAUAGCGCUAAACGACAACGAACAUCAGCUGCACGUGAAAUCGUCAUUCCCCAUUUCAGUUCAGAUGCUGAACGACCAUUCUAUAAUUUCACUGACACAGAAUUACCGCUUAAAAUGAAAGAAAUCUUGAAGAAAGAUAUGGUUUUAUCAGUCACUGGUAAGGUUUUACCGAAGUUGCCAGCACGUUCAAGUAUCUCGAAGAUUCUCAAUGAGUUCGCGAGUCAUAUGCAAAAGAUCGAAGAGAGCUGUGGUAAUAAACGAGAUACUAGCAUAACAUGGAAAGCGACUAUUGCUUCAGUUACGGAAUGUGUUGACGGAAUAAAGGAUCUAUUUGACUUGAUUGUUUCACAUCAGUUAUUGACUGCGAAGGAAAUCAGUCGUCACGAAGAAUUACAGCAAUCGGCCAUCAUACGCAAAGAACGAGAUAUUGUGGAGCCACAUUCAGGCACUCCUCUUCGUCCAUGUGAAGUGUAUGGCUAUAUUCACUUGCUUCGUUUACUUGUCAAUUUAGGACCAUUACCUCAAAUUGUUAUGGAAGCCGAAUCUGAUGAGAUUGUGAUGGAAGCACUGAAGGGUUUCUCGAAUAGUUUGAAUAUCUAUCUGGUGAAUAAUUCUGAGCAGCUGUUCGACGUGAACGAAGAUUACGCACCACUCUCAGCAGAUUGA